UCUUUUAUUUGCAACCCACAGAGGCUUUAGCAACCAACCACUACUCGAUACUCUGAGCAGCUUCUUCGACGUGAUGAACGUGACUUCAAGUGCAGCCAGGGCUUGUGCAGCGUCUUCUAUGGUAAUUAGGCGGCACCAUCAAAGUCACAAUGUGUGCUAGCGAGCAGUUACGGCACGAGAAAACCCAUCCAAGUGGCCAGCAGCAAGGAAAAGCUUCUUCAGUUCUUUGUGCUCGUUGUUGGGUCGUUUUCCCCGCCUGGUCCCGCAACCGCAGUAACUCGGAUGGGCACCUCUUCUCCAGCAUCCUUCUUUGUUGAGUUGCUGAAGCGCGUUCCACAAAAGCCAGCUAAUAUAACGCCCACAGGCACGCUCGUCAAUGCCACGGAUGCUCUACCUUUGUGGAUGCCAUAUCAGAACAACGGUAUCAUCAGCAUCUUGUUAUAUGGAACGUUUUCGCUCGUGGGUACUAUGCUUAAUAUCUUCCAGAUCUCUGCGCUUAUGAUUCAGGAAAACCUGCGACGUAGAGGAAACGUGCUCUUAGCCAAUCAAGCCCUUGCCAAUCUGCUUGUAACAUCAGUCGGCUUCCCAGUGACUAUUGUGGCCAUCCUCGCCAACACCCAACAGGAGACGUUCGUGUGUCAUUGGCAGUGGUACUCUACUUUAUUAGGUUUUUAUGCAUCUGUUUUCAAUUUUCUUUUUAUUGCUGCGGAAAACUAUGUGCGUACCUGUCGCCAGGACUCGAACAUGUACUCUUCAGUGUGUGGCACAAAGCUCGUAGUCUUCCUGGUGUCAGUGAUAUGGGCCAUUGCGAUAGCUUGGUUGCUAGUAGUCAUGUUGGUCACUGGAGGCAUGGACGUGUGCCUAUGGGACAUGCGUGAGAGUAAAAUGCUCAUAGCGCUCUCUGUGCCGUUUGUCCUGACAGCUGUCGUCUUUGUCAAGGCGAUGCACGAGCAACGAGAUUACACCUACAACUUGGAACUACGAAACUGCCUUGCCACGCGGGAAGAGAUUCUGCAGCGUAGCUUGCUGAGAACGAAUGCUAUGGCCUACCUACUGUUUCUCCUCCUCUGGCUUCCCUUCCUGCUAACUGUUAUUAUCAGUCCACCCGAGCGAAAUGCAACGUCGCGGAGCUCAGCUCUAGAAAGCAUCAUCUUCGUAGCUCAGUGCUUCAGCUCUGUGUGUGGCUUCGUUUACGCGUUUUCGCACGAUGCCUUCCGGCAAGGCUUCUUGUACCUGCUCCAUUACUUCUGCUGCAAAAGCCAUCCUGAAUUUAGCAAAGUUCCUGUCGGGGAUAUGAGGGAACGCAGUUCCGUUCGUGUGCACGGCAUGGACUCUCGCGUUGGGGAACGUAGGCACCGCUACGCAAAGACAGCAACAAUGGGACUUUUGAGCUUUGCCGCGGGUGGCGAAGCCUGUAGGACACGCAUCGAGGAAGACUUUUUAUGACUUAGCGCUUUUCUGUA